GUUACUUUGGAUAAUAGUAAAGGUUAUUGGAGCGCGCUCCUUGAAUAAGACGUGCUACUUCUGUAGCAACAUCCUCACUCUUUCAAAUAUACAGGACUUGUGGGUCUGUUACGUGAUUGCUGUGAAGCCGAAUAACCCGAAAGUUACAGCUUUUCCACUUUGUGUUGCUAAGGUUUUGUGUGCUGUUAUGAUGUGAAUUGUAGUCUGUUUCCAACAUUUCGGGUUUCAAAAUAUAUUUUGUCUAAAGCUUGAAAUAUAUGUGUUAUCUAACAUAUCGUUUGAAUUUUUGCAUCAUUUUAAUUACUUCAGUAUCUUCUUGAAACCGAGGAUAAAAAAGCUGGUUGUAGUGGUAAACAUCGAAGAAAAAUUGAACUGGCACACUGGAUGACUUCUAACCUUAAUUGAUUGGUUCAUUAAAAUGUCACCUGUUGAACGGCAAAGUGACUCAGAUAUCUCUGCCUUGUACAACCUAAAGUCAAAGACUGGAGAACAUUUUACCUUUAAAUGUUCUGUCCUUAGUAUAGCGUUGGAGUCAAUUAUUAAUAGACUUGGUAAGGAGAGCGAAGGACGUUUAAUUACUGUAAUCGGUGACUGCAGCAGACAGGAUCCGGAGUUUCUUUUCAAGAUCGCAUUUUAUUGUCACAAACAUUUAAACAUCCAAAAGAUAACUAAUUUGUUAUUUUCAAGUGCCUGCCUCUAUGCAGAGUGUCGGGUUUUCCUUACGAAGUAUUUUGACGCGUGCAUUAGUUCACCAAUGGAUUGGAUAAAGGUUGUCGAAUACUAUGCAUUAUUAAGUAAUGAUUUCAGUCUUAAUAAAAUGCCGAAUGCAUUAAAAAGAUGUAUGAUCUCAAAGUUUACUAAAUUUAGUCCGUACGACCUAGCACAAUGCAGGCGCAAAAUCAGAGCUGAAUGUGCUUCUGAGUGCGAGAUGGGUUCAAAAACUGCAGGUGAUAAAGCAGUGGAUUACCGCUAUGGAAAUUUUCUAUCAGUACAGGGAGACAAAUCUGCGAACAUUUUCACUUUGAAAGACAUCGUCCGCAAACUACAUAUACGGAAACCUGCAUUCAGCGUCAUGUGCAUUCUUGAAAAGAAGUAUCCCUCAAAUUUUGAUGAUUUUAUACAUACGAAUUUGGAUGGUGACUGGGAUGCUUCGAAGGCUGGAUUACGUAUGAAACUUCCUAACCACCCAAAAUCAGCUCUUAAAAAUGUUAGUACUUGGAGGAAUCUUAUAGCCUGUGGAGAGCUUGGACAUGAAAUAAUUCUACAAAACAUAGAAAGUAUAUUAGAUUCACACCUUUCUGAAGCAGAACAUGAAAUUAUUCUCCAGAUUUUGUCAAAACAAGAAUCGGUCAUCGAAGGGAGACAGCUACCAAUAGCUUAUCUUAAGGCAUAUAUAUCUGUCGAAAAGUUGAAAGAUAAAUUUUCGCUGAACACUUACCUACAAGAGUUGAAAAGUAAGUAA